AUGAUUCCCAUGAAGGACAGACUCCUCUUGAAACCUCAGCUCAGUGUCUUCAGUGCAUUGGUCCUUCUUUUACACUCUGGUGGAGGUCAGUCUCAGGUGAUGGUUACAUCUCAGCCAAUAAUCGCACAGGUUGGUGAUGACAUAACUUUGCCAUGCCACCUAGAAACUGCCGUGGAUGCUACUGACCUGACUGUGGAGUGGGCGAGACCUGAUCUAGAACCCAGAUUUGUAUAUUUGAGACGAGACGGCGUGGAGCUUCAGCUUGAGGAGCAUCCAUUGUACAUGGGGAGAACUUCACUGUCCACCAACAAACUAAAGUGUGGAGACAUUUCACUUAAACUCUCCAAAGUAAAACUCUCUGAUACAGGAACCUACAAAUGCCUUGUUCCAAAAUCUGGUACAGAAUUUGUUGUUGAACUUACUGUAGGUUCUUUCUCCUCACCUGACAUAAAGAUAUCCAAAGUCAGCAAUGGAGUUGUUCUACAGUGUGUGUCUAAAGGCUGGUAUCCACAACCUGAGCUGUUGUGGCUGGACAGUGAGGGAAAACUCCUCUCUGCUGGACCUACAGAGACAGUCAGAGGUCCUGAUGAUCUCUAUACUGUCAGCAUCAGAGUGACUGUGGAGAAGAGACACAGCAACAGCUUCACCUGUAGAGUCCAGCAGAAGAACACCAACCAGACCAGAGAGACAACUAUCCAUCUUCCAGAUUAUUUUUUCAUGGACCAGUCUAAUUCUGCUGUUCGCAUCACCAUCUGCUUGGCUGUCUGCUUCAUGUCUGUAAUGGCAGUCUUUGUUUUGUGGAAAUGUGGACAACACCAAAUCGAAACCACAAACGGCAGCACAGAACUUCAGCAUCUGACGGAAGGAGAUAAAAUGAUUCAGUUGGACAUGAAAGAGGAAAAACUUGAUGAGGAGUUACAGAAGAAAGAGGGUGAUUUGAAACAUGUACAACAGGUGAUUACAAUAUUGACGAACCAGAAGAAAGAUCUGGAGAAUCAGAGACAGAAACUCAACUCACUACUGGAUGAGGACAAGACACGGAUAGAGAAGAACAACAACAAGCUGAAGGAGAUCCCAAAAACAGACAAAAUACCUUAUUGGAGUGAUGCCAAACACUGCAAGGCAUGA